AUGGCUGCCGCGGAAACCACACGAUCCCCUCGGCCCGGCGAGCAACAUGGCCGUGAAUAUAACUUUGUUACCAAAGACGCAUUCCUCGACCUAGUUGCCAACAACGGAUUUAUUGAACAUGCUCAAUUCGGUGGGAACUUCUAUGGAACAUCAAUCCAGGCUGUUAAGAAUAUCGCCGAGAAGAAACGUAUCUGCAUACUGGAUAUCGAGAUGGAAGGAGUCAAGCAGGUCAAGCGGACUGAUCUCCAUGCGCGAUUCUUGUUCCUCGCACCUCCGUCCCUAGAGAUACUGGAGCAGCGUCUUCGUGGCCGUGGCACUGAAACUGAAGAGUCUUUACAGAAAAGACUGAGUCAAGCUGAGAACGAGCUUGAAUACGCAAAGCAGCCGGGUUCCCAUGAUAAGAUUGUUGUCAAUGAUGAUCUGGAGAAGGCCUAUGUUGAGCUCCGCGAUUGGGUAGUUGAUGGCGGUAAAUUUGGUGCUGCGCAAUGA